AGUGAAGUAAGCAAGGGCAAGGGCAGGCUUUGGCUCUAGUGUCAGAUUGUGAAUAGAAAUCAAAUGAAAGGAAAAUCCUUUGCCAGCAGCUUGGAGCUUCAUUCAAUAACAAGUUCUGCUCUCUGUCUGGAUUGAUUGGGGAUAAUGGAGAAGCUGUUGGAGCGCAAUUUCUUUGAAUUGAAGCAUGUUGAAGAUGGGGGGGACAGCACCAGCUGCGCGAAGCAGCAGGAGCAGAUGCCGAACUCGAAGUUGCACGAUCAGGAGGCGACAGAGGCGGUGAAGAAGCUGGAUGAGGGGCAGCCUUGGAGUGACUUGGAGGAGCAGCUGCAGCAGGCGUUCCAGGAGAAGCACGAGCACUCGCAGGAGCAGCAGAAGAAAGACCAGAAGCAAUUGGAGGGCGAGCUGCAGCGGCUGAAGGAUCAGCUGGAUGGCAAACAGAGGGAAUUCGAGAAGAUGACGAAGCGAUACAACGCCUUGGAGUCGGCCUUUGAGGCUACUUUGCUGAAGAAGAAUGCGCGGAUAUGUGAGCUGAAGGGUUCCCUCGAUUUGGCACAGGAUCGAUGCGAUGAGGUGGAGCAGGAGAACGAGCGAGAGCUGGAGGAUAUUAAGCAGCUGAAGACCAAGAUCCUGACAAUGGAGCACGCCAAUGAAAUGCUGAUGACUCACUUUGAGGCCGCUCGGCUGGAGCUCAGCUCGAUCAAUGAUCUUCUGCUGCUGAAUGAGAAUCAGCAGCUGCCGGACAGGCACCUCAGUCAACAGGUGAUGCAACGAUCUCUGGAGAGUCUCCAAGCCAUGACGGAGUAUUUUGAGCCGCUUCAGCAGCAGCUGCUGGAAGAGCGAAACAAAGAGCUGGGCAAACUUACCGUCCUGAAGGAAGACAAGUCGCGACUGGCGCAACGGCUGGCCAAUAUGCAGAAGGAGCUGGCACUGAAGGCCAGCAAUUAUGCGACGCUGGAGGAGCAGAUUCAGCCGCUGAUCGAUGAACGGGACGCCCUGAGGGAGCAGCUCCAGAAGAGCGACAAGAGCCGGAAGCGAGUACAGUUGGAGCUGCAACGAGAACAGGAGAAUUCCGAACGGCUGAUCGAACGGCUGCACAGGGAGAACCACAGACUGGAGUUGGAGCUGCAGUCGCUGCAGCGAUCGGGAACGGAGAAGGAGGAGGCGGAGGUCUCAGCCAACUGCAGCAACUGUGUGGAGAAGUUGAAUGAAAUUCGCAAGCUGCAGAAGAUCAACAAGCGGCAGAGGAAACUCCUGAAGGAAUUCAAGGGCAAAGCGGAGCAGUUGAAGGCGUACACCCAGGCCAAGUGUCCGACUCAGUCUGCCCAGCAGUGUAGCGAACAGCUGGAGCAGCAGAAAUAUUGCGAGCGCAUGGCGGAGCAGGAGAACAUUUUCCACGCACAGCUGCAGCAGGCAGAGGAGAAGUAUCAGCGUCUGCAGAGUGGCUACGAGGAGGUGUGCGGGGAAAUUGUGCAGCUGAAGCAGACCAUUGUGAGGGACCGCGAAAAGAUAGCAAAAGUUGUGUGUGCGAAGAACUCCGAACUGAACGCAUUGAUGAGCAAGUGCCGCAGCAGAGAGCAAUGCAUUGACGAACUAAAGCGCGGCUUCGACGAAGCGUACACGAACAUCGGCUCCGAGCGGCAGUCGAUGAAGAGAGUGAUGGCCCAGUGGGAGGCGAGUAUGGUGGAUAUCAAGCAGGUGGAGAAGCACUGGCAGCAACAGAUGAGCGCGAUGCAGCGCAGGCAUGAUCAGGCCAUGGAUACCAUGAAUCAGCGUUACCAGAACGCCAUACAGAAAGCAAACAACUGCAAGCUCUAUGCGGAGGACAAGGCCACAGAGUACCAGGCAUCGCUGGCCGAGAUGAAGGCUACCAUGGAUUCCUUGAAUGAGCGUUACCAGACCGCCAUGCAGACAGCAAACAACUACAAGCUCUUUUCGGACGACAAGGCCACAGAGUACCAGGCAUCGCUGGGCAAGAUGAAGGCUACCAUGAAGCAUCGUCAGCCAAGAGAGCAGCGACAGUAGAUAGCAAUAGGAGUAGCAGUAGUCGAACAGAGAGUUCUGCUUUUGUUUUGGUUCUCUUCUAUUUCAAUUAAAUUUAAAAGU